ACUAACUAGUAAUGGUGCAAGUGGGUCUUGAAUCGAUCCCACGAAUCGACAACGACACCGAGUUACAUGCAAUUUGUAUAAAAGACCAUGUGCUUCAUCUAUAUCCAUGCAUAGGUAUUAGUCCUCCCAAUCGAAUAGUCGAUUAAGUUACAGACGGUGAAUCGAAAAUCGAAAAGGACGUAUUCGUGAUGGCAACCGAACGCGCGACCUUCACCAACCCAAUCAUUCGCGGGUUCAACCCGGAUCCAACCGUCUGCGUAGUCCCCGCUACACCCACUACCCCAAGAAGAUAUUUCAUCAGUACAUCAACAUUUGAAUACUUCCCCGGUUGCGCCAUAUACGUCUCCGAGGACAUUGUGAAUUGGAAGCUAAUUGGCCAUGCACUGAAUCGUAGGAGUCAAAUCGACCUUCGCACUGUAGAGCCAGGUGCAGGAUCUUGGGCGAGCACAUUGCGCUACCGGCCCAAUGAGAAGCGCUGGUAUCUGAUCAAUGGACUCUUCCACAGAUAUCAACCGACUACCGACGAGCGUAUAUUCCCACGUGGAUUCUACGUCUACACAGACGAUAUUUACGAUGACAAUGCUUGGAGCGAUCCUGUCUACUUCGACAACCCAGGGUUCGAUCAGGAUGUCUUCUGGGAUGAUGACACCGGAAAGGUGUAUCUGUCUACGACGGUCAGAUUGGCUAACCGCACGCCUGGAUUGAAGUUGAAGGAUUUUGCAAUCCAUGCAUCCGAAAUUGACAUCAAGACUGGCCGGACUCUGACUCCGCCUGUUGUGUUAAGGCAAUCACCGUACGGUGUUGCGGAGGGAAGUCAUAUCAUGCGGAAAGGUGAUUAUUAUUACAUGUUUGUAGCCGAAGGCGGGACGGAGGCCGGACAUCAAGAAUGGGUGUUUCGAAGCACUGAAGGCCCGCUGGGGCCAUGGGAAAGCCAGGGCCAGCCAUUGUGGUACAAUGGUCCCGAUGAAGAAGUUCAGCGAACGGGCCAUGCGGAUGUUUUUGAGGAUGAUCAGGGGAAAUGGUGGGGUGUAUUCUUGGGUGUUCGGCCCGCGAUAGACGGUGGUAGAUACAUCGAACCCCAACUAGGACGGGAAACAUUCUUGGUCAAAGUUGACUGGGUGGACGAUUGGCCGGUUUUUAACGACGGCAAGAACAUUACAUUGGAGACCGAAGCGCACUACCCUUUAAACCAACUCGAGGGAACCGGCAGCAGUGAGAAUCUACGUUGGAAAGCAUCAUACGGAUUGGACAGCGCCCCUGAAGCAUUGGAACUGGGGUGGUACCAAAAGAACACUCCAAUCAAGAGCUGUUAUUCCUUACACCGCAACCCGGAUUACAUCCGCCUCUACGGAAAUUGCUACUCUCCUUCAAGUCCAGAAUGUCCAGCCAUGCUUCUCCGGAAGCAGAAAACAUAUAAUGAGACGUUCCACACGAAGCUACGGUUCAACCCGUCGCGGGCUGGAUACGAAGCUGGAGUUACCGUGUGGUGGAGCAUGUACUCACAUGCAAGCAUUGGUAUCACUGCAGCAAUCUCAGCUGAUACUUCUCCCUCAUCGAAACAGAUUGUUUGUCGUUUGCCUACUGGGAAAGCGGGGAAUUUGAAAGAGAUUGUAUUGCUACAUGAUAGCGAUGAGACCUCGGCGUUAGGUAACGCAGAUGAAGUGACUAUUACUGCGAAAGCCAGUCCCACGAAGUACAUACUUACCAUCGCUUUCAACAAUAUCACGAAGGAUAUUGAAUUCGAUGCAGAGAAACUCACAGUAGCACCGCCAGUCGGGGGUGCAUUCACAGGGACAAUGUGGGGUAUUUAUUCGUUCGGCCAAUGGGAGCCUGUGUUAGAUCCAGCAGACUUCAGCGACAUCUAUGUAGAAUGAUGCAUAAAGUGUAGCCAUGAUACCCUGGAAAAAGCUCCAC